AUGGCUUUCCUUGUUCUUGUAUACAGCAAUGCACGCAGUGCUACAUCGUUGAUCAUCUUUCAAUCUGACAAAGAAAAAGCUAUUCUGUUUGAUCUAAUUGAUUACAUGCAGGUUAAGAGAAGCAAGUGCAUGUUGAUCAUGAUGGAAGGUUCAGAAAGCUUCACUGACACUGUGCUUUCUUGGUCUCUUGAAGACAUAUGUAAUGAAAACCUUUACAAGCACCAGGAGGACACUCGAGCUCAACUGCAAUGCAGGAUCGGAACCAUGUAUAAAGCACCAUUUGGUAAAGUAAUUUCUAUACAAGAAUCCAAUCCGCAUGGAACAAAGCAAUACAAUGUCAAAGUUGAUUCUUGGAGAAACAGUGUCAGUAAGGAAUGCAAAACUAGGCCUGGGGAUCUUUUUAUUUUGGCAGAUGCUAAAGCUGAAAGUGUUUCUGAUUUACAAAAGGAAGGGAGAUCAUUGGUGUUUCUAAUAGCCAUUGAAGUAUUCCCAAAGAGUAGGAGUGAGGAUGAUGGUACUUCUCUUCAUUUUAAGGCCAGAACAUCAAAAAAGUUUGACGUCAACAGUGGCAUUCCGACAUCAUUGUUUAUCAUUUUCUUAGAGAACAUAGGCCCAAACAUAAGAAUAGACAAAGCUAUGCACAUGUGCACAAGUGCUAGAUGGAGGUUAUUCUACUCCUUAUCAUCUGGGGUGGUGAAUCACUUGCUCUCUGACCGUGAGGGUAGAGAGUUGGUUCUCCCAUUUGAAGUUACUGACGAAGAAAUGGAGGCCAUACUUUACAAUAGAAGUACCUUCAUAGCUGGGCGAUCAGGCACUGGGAAGACCACUGUUUUAACAAUGAAGUUAUUUCAGAAGGAACAGUAUUACAAUAUGGCAGAGGAAGGAUUGUCUGCUGUCGAGCAGAGUUCUGGAGGUUUUAAUGCAACUGUUUUACGCCAGAUAUUUGUAACAGUUAGUCCAAAACUCUGUAUUGCCGUUAAGCAACAUGUUUCAAACUUGAAAAGUUUUGCUUCUGGUGUUAGCUGCCAUUCAGCUGAAUUCGGCUCGAUCGGUGAUCAGGAUGAUUGUGAUGAUACAAAAGCAGAAUUCAGGGAUCUCCCGAAUUCUUUUCUUGAUAUUCCUUCCAAGUGCUAUCCUCUUUUCAUAACAUUCCAUAAAUUUUUAAUGAUGCUGGAUGGAAGUUUGAGUAAUUCAUACUUUGAAAGACUCCUUGACAACCUAAAACUAUCUCGUAGUCCACUACAAAGUUCAAGAUCAACUUUGCUGAAAAGCUUUAUGAGGACAAAGGAGGUCAAUUACGAAAGGUUUUGUUCAUCAUAUUGGCCUCAUUUUAAUAUGAAGUUAACGAAGCGGCUUGAUGCCUUGAGAGUCUUUACGGAGAUUAUUUCUCAUAUCAAAGGUGGUCUUAGAGCUUUGGAAGCAGGUGAUGGAAAACUCAGUCAGUCGGAUUAUGUGAAAAUGUCCGAGUGCCGGGCUUCCAAUUUAUGCCAGAAAGAGAGAGAGAUAAUAUAUGAUAUUUUUCAGGCAUAUGAGAAAAUGAAGACAAGAAAUGGUGAAUAUGAUAUUGCUGAUUUUGUAAUUGAUAUUCACCGUCGGCUCCAACGUGAGAAAUAUAAGGGUGAUGAAAUUAAUUUUGUGUACAUCGAUGAGGUACAGGAUCUAACGAUAAGUCAAAUCAUGCUGUUCAAGCAUAUAUGCAGUAAUGUUGAGGAGGGUUUUGUUUUUUCGGGUGAUACGGCCCAAACCAUUUCAAAGGGUAUUGAUUUUAGAUUCCAAGAUAUACGGCAUCUGUUCUACAAGAAGUUUGUCUUGGAUUCAAGAAGCAAUGAGCAUAACCAAAGGAAUGACAAAGCAGAAAUCUCAAAAAUAUUUCAUUUGUCUCAAAACUUCCGCACACAUGGUGGUGUACUGAGGUUAUCACAGAGCAUAAUUGAUCUACUUUGUCAUUUUUUCCCCGAAGCUAUUGAUAGUCUGAAUCCUGAAACAAGUCCAAUACAUGGGGAAUCUCCAGUUUUGCUUCAAUCUAGAGAAAAUGAAGAUAUGAUCGUAAAGUUAUUUGGGAGUAGUGCUACUAAUUUUGUUGGAUUUGGAGCUGAGCAGGUCAUCUUGGUGCGUGAUGCUAGUGUUCAAAAGGAAAUUUCUAACCCUGUUGGGAAACAAGCUCUUGUUCUUACUAUUGUGGAGUGCAAGGGGCUCGAGUUCCAGGAUGUACUUUUGUACAAGUAUUUUGGGUCAUCACCCAUAAUAAAUGAAUGGAGGCUGAUAUAUAAUUACAUGAAGGAACAUGAUUUGCUUGAUCCCACUUUACCUAAGCCAUUUCCAACCUUUGACAGGGCGAAACACAAUUUCUUAUGCUCUGAACUGAAGCAACUAUAUGUUGCUAUUUCACGUACAAGAAAGAGAUUGUGGAUUUAUGAGGACAUGGAAGGUCUCUGCAAUCCCAUGUUUGACUAUUGGAUAAAGAAAAGUCUUGUACAAGUGAGGCAACUUGAUGAUUCCUUUGUAGAAAAUAUGAAAGUUUCAAGCAGUUCAGAGGAAUGGAAAUCGCGUGGCAUGAAGCUAUAUCAUGAGCGUAAUUAUGAAAUGGCUACUAUGUGCUUCCAAAAUGCACAUGAUACUUACUGGGAAAGAAGGUCAAAAGCAGGCGGCCUCAAAGUUAUGGCUUACUGUAUGCAAACAUCAAAUCCUGAAGAGGCUAAAUCAAUUCUUAGGGAAGCAGCUGAAAUUUUUGAAGAUGUAGAGAUGGCAAGUUCUGCUGCCCAGUGCUUUUUUGAUUCAGGGGAUUACGAGAGAGCAAGUAUGAUUUACAAACACAAAUGUGGUAAACAAGCACGUGAAAAAGCUGCGGAAUGCUUCUUUCUGGCAGAAUGCUAUGAAUCUGCUGCAGAAAUAUUUCAAUCCAUAGGCAAGGCAGAGUCUGCUGCAAGAUGCUAUUACAAAUUGCGGGAGAAUGAAAGGGCAGGGACUAUUAAUUUGAAAAGCUCUGGUGAUGAACCUGGACUGAAAAGAGCUAGGAAGGCACGUGAGGCUGUCGCCAAGUCUGGCCACGACAAUGAGGCAGGAAACGGUGACAGUAAAGCUAUGAAUCAGAAGUUGGGCGGAGGGAAGCUGCCGACCGGCACUCCCUCGUUGGCAGGGACUAUGACUUUGGAAAGCUCUGGUGUUGAACUUGGACUGAAAAGAGCUAGGAAGGCAGGUGAGGUUUUCGCCAAGUCUGGCCACGACAUUGAGGCAGGAAAAGGUGACAGUAAAGCUAUGAAUCAGAAGUCGGGCAGAGGGAAGCUGCCGACCGGCACUUUCUCGCUGGCUUGGUCUGGCGUCGUCGUCGUCUCGCUUCUCGCUGGAGCCUUCGUCGUCCACAGUGUCUACAAGCUCGAUCUUUGGUCUAAAAAUCGACCUAGGAGGCGUUAG